CGUUCGUCUGAACAGGUCAGACUGAGCAAGUCAUCUCAAAGUCAACGUUUCAGAAUAGACAAGAAUACUAGCUUAGAAUAAAAUAAUCUUACGACAUCUCUGAUACUACAGUAUAUACUACUUCUCUUAUAUUGUAGUAUAAGUUUUCUCUUUAACUAGGCGUUCAGACUUGUAUCUGUGGUAUUAUAGUGUAUUAUAUUUCAUGUGUUUUAUAUCUCAAUGCAAGCAUGUGUGAAACGAAGUCCGAAAAACAUUCUUCUCUUAUAUUGUAGUAUAAGUUUUCUCUUUAACUAGGCGUUCUGAUACUACAGUAUAUACUACUUUUCUUAUAUUGUAGUAUAAGUUUUCUCUUUAACUAGGCGUUCAGACUUGUAUCUGUGGUUUUAUAGUGUAUUAUAUUUUGUGUUUUAUAUCUCAAAGCAAGCAUGUGUGAAACGAAGUCCGAAAAACAGUUCAUCCUUGAAUUUAUCGACAUGUAUCGUGGUCUUCCAGCUCUGUGGAACGUGAAGUGCAAAGAUUACUCUAAUCGUGACAAAAAGGCGGAGCAAUACGAAGUGCUGAUAGAAAAGUACCGCGAAAGGCACCCGAAUGCAGACAGAAAAGAAGUGGUUAAAAAAAUAAAUUCAUUGCGAACUAAUUUCCGGAAACAAGUGAAACGAGUUCGCGAUGCAGAGAAAAGUGGGGUGGAAACAAAAGAAGAUGAAUCUUUAAUGUGGUAUUUUGAAGAAAUGAAGUUUCUGUUAGGUCUACCUCAGAAAACACCUACCAUUUCAAACAGCACGGUGGAUAUAUCAUGGGAUGUUAAAGAGAUAUCUGAGGAUGGUGAAGAUGAUUAUGAAAACAGAGUCAACACGAUACCAGUGGAUGAUCCACCAUGUCGGAACAACAGGAAACGUAAAGCUACAGAUCCCACUGAGGAGUUGGUGAAAUUGACUCCCCAAAGAUAUCUUCAUGAACCGCAAGAUGACAUCGACAAAAUUGCAGCAGCAUGGGCGGCCGAGCUUCGAAAAAUGGACCCACAACAGCAGUUGUUUGCAAAAAAGGCCAUCAAUGACAUUAUAUUCGAGGGACAAAUGGGGACAUUACAUCGUAAUUCUGUAGAAAUCAAUGUGUCACGUGUGUGAAGUGAUCAGUCCCUCCCUUCAGUCAACCUAACCGUUAAGUGGACUCUCCUACGGUGGACUUAAUAAUCCUACGUGGACUCUCCUACGGUGGACUUAAUAAUCCUACGUGGACUCUCUUACGGUGGACUUAAUAAUCCUACGUGGACUCUCCUACGGUGGACUUAAUAAUCCUACGUGGACUCUCCUACGGUGGACUUAAUAAUCCUACGUGGACUCUCCUACGGUGGACUU